CUACAUGGGUCGCUGUAGGUCUGAACCUGCGCAGACUCCACACAGCGAACAAACGAUAUCACCAAAAUGGGCAGUAUACAGAGUCCAACAUUCCAACAACUAAACAGACACCUUGACUACGAUGUCCUCAUCAUCGGGGCAGGCCUAUCUGGCAUGUAUUCCAUCUACCAGAUGCGCCAGCUCGGUUUGCGAGCCAAGGUGCUUGAAGCCGGCGGAGGGGUCGGAGGAACUUGGUAUUGGAAUCGAUAUCCCGGGGCUCGGUUCGACUCGGAGAGCUACUCUUACGGCUUCUCUUUUUCCCAGGAUAUUCUCGAUGAAUGGAACUGGUCGGAGCAUUUUGCUGCCCAACCGGAGACUUUACGAUACUGCGAAUUUGUCUGUGACCGGUUCGAUCUUCGCAGAGACAUGCAAUUCAAUACGCGAGUCAAGGCAGCCCUUUUCCAAGAAGAGAGUUGGUCGUGGCUUUUGACCGAUGAGGAGGGCAGGAAAUACACCAGUCGUUUUAUGGUGACGGCCAUGGGAAUUCUCAACAACUGCACCUGGCCGAAUAUCCCCGGGGUGCACGAUUUCAGCGGCCCUUCGUAUCACACAGCGCGAUGGCCUCAACAACCGGUCGACUUCCGGAAUAAAAGCGUCGCCGUCAUUGGAACAGGCGCGACAGCAAUUCAAGCAAUUCAGGAAAUAGCAAAAACAGCCGGCCAUCUCACCGUGUUCCAGCGCACUCCGAACUGGAGUGCACCGUUGAAUAACGAGAAGAUAUCGCCGGAGGAAAUGGCAGAAAUCCGUUCAAGAUAUCCGGAGAUAUUCCAGCGAUGCAGAGAAUCUUACUCUGGGUUCAUACAUAUCAGUGACAAGCGACGAACGUUUGAUGUCGACCCGGAAUCGCGAGAGAAGUUGUGGAAUGCACUAUACGAGACUCGAGGCUUCCAAAAAUGGCUGGGCAAUUUUGGUGAUAUCGCCACUGAUCGCCGGGCCAAUGCUCUUUACAGCGAGUUUAUUGCUAACAAAAUCCGCCAACGCGUCCAUGAUCCUAAGGUCGCCGAAUUGUUGAUUCCCAAAUGCCACGGGUUUGGUACGAAGCGACUGCCUCUUGAAAGUGGCUAUUUUGAAGUCUACAACCAGCUGAAUGUCCGGCUCGUUGACGCGAAAACCAAUCCUAUCCAACAGAUCACACCUGAAGGUAUCCAGACACAGGAUGAGCACUUCACAAUUGACAUCGUCAUCUACGCGACCGGCUUUGACGCAGUCACUGGGUCAUUCACAGCCAUGGACAUCCAAGGACGUAACAAAGUUCAGCUGGCAGAUCAAUGGCGCGACGGUCCCCGAACCUUCUUGGGAAUCUUUGCUGAGCAUUUCCCCAAUAUGAUGAUGGUAAUGGGUCCACAUCAAAUGUUUGGAAACUUUCCGCGCAGCAUUGAGUACUCUUCCAAGUGGGUGGCAAACUUCAUUCGCUAUGCUCGGGAUCAUGGAAUUACAUGUGCCGAAUGUACGCAUGAGGGUGUUGUAGCGUGGACUGAGCAUGUUCAUGAAUGCGCCGAGGGGCUAUUGGCAAAUGAGGUGGACUCUUGGAUGAGUGGUGUAAAUAAGAAUCUGGCACAUAAGCAGAAGCGAAUCGUCGCUCGGUACAAUGGACCUGCACCUGGCUAUAGGAAAAGAGCCGAUGCUGUGGCUGCGAGGGGAUAUCGGGAUCUAAUCAUGUCAUAG